GACGACGACAACGACGAGCUCGCAGUCCUGGCAGCGAUAGAGACCACCCGACCUUGAAGCAUGCUGGCGCAUGGACCUGAUGAAGCAAAGGGCGCGCGGGUGCAAUGCACCACCGCCGCACCGCGCCAUGCACGCAAGCAAAUUCACCACCGCGCGUCAUGACCGCGACCAGAGUGCGCAUUUCACCACCGUCGACGAUGCUUCCAACGAGCGAUUUUGAAUCCGUACUUGAUAUGUGCUUGUUCUCCGAUGUCCGAUGUACCACCAUGCUGAACGUCGCCCAGAUUCUGUGCCCAAAUUUGACCUCUCAACAGCAUAAACGCGCGCCGCGAUGUUGCGGUGGCCUCGCGCAGCGCGGGCGCGCGGAUUUCUCUGCGCGCAAGCCUGCGCCUGGCCCCGCGGUCCUUAAAGUCUGACAUCUCUCGCGAUCACCUAUCCACAUCCACCUCGUCCUGCCGUAACGUCUACCAACACUCACGGAAGGUUCCUUCGAAGCGAAUAGUAAGCGUCCGCUGCUAUAUCCAGUGGCACGCGGUCGGGUGAUGCGCGAAACUU